AUGACUCAGACUGCACAACAGGUACGGCGUGCCCAGGAUGACAUUCCUAGGCCUCUGGUGGCCUCAGACUGCGGCUUGACAGGAGUCACUCCUCCUGUCGGUGGAGUUGGUUACAAAGGGAGCAGCCCCCCAGGCCGCCACACAGCUCCUGCCAAGGCCUUCGUGCCCCUGCCAUUUUCCAGUGAUGCUCCCAGGAGGGUCCGGGCGGCGGGGAGCGGCGGAGCCAGGAGAGCUGAGCCAGGAGAGCUGAGCCAGGCGGCCCCGCCGGGUGGUCGUGGCCAUGACAGCGGCUCCAGACGGCUUCCCUUCCGCGUCCCUCCUAAAGGCCAAACUGAAGUUGCUGGCGUCUAUCUUCCACAAGAACCAGGAGCCUCAGUGGAGGCUCAUGCUCCACUGCAACAGGACGGUGAGGCGCCCGGCGGCGGCCUCGCGGGCCCGGCCCCCGACUGCGCGAGGCACGGGUGGUGGGAGGAGACGGAGGGCGCGUCCUCGGGCUCCUCGCACUGGGCUGGCUUGGGGGCUACUGGCCCCUUUCGGUCCCCGUCCCGCUCCCGGAGGCGGGAGCCCGCGGCGGCCGGAGCCUUCUCGGGACCCAUGGUCGCCCACAGUCAACCGGCCUGCUCCCGGGACCGCGACAAGAAUGAGACAACAGAGGAAGUGACUUCAGAGCAAGAGGAAGAAGAGGACACAGCUGAAAAUGGCAUGAUCUCUGCUCACUGCAACUUUCGCCUCCUGGGUUCAAGUGAUUCUCCUGUC